AUGAUGGUCAAUGCGAACAUCGAGUAUCUUAGCCGUCUUGACCUCUACGAGACGGAAAAGCCAUACAUGACUGCUUUCGAAAUUCCAAGCGAUGUCGGCAGUAUGACCAACCACGAAUACUCUGCACACAUGGUCGAAGUGCAAGAUGCUCGGGACAACAAGGCAUCAUUCUCCCUCGACGUACACGGCUUCAAGUUUUGCGAUUGGCCAACGAAAUACCGAAGCGCGGACUUCGAGGACGAAGAUCUCAUCGAAUCAAAGUACUACCAAGAGGUCCUGCAGCAGAUGACACAAGGCUUUCCGGACGCCAUGGAAAUCCACAUCGUCUCUCAUUUGCGCCGGAAACGGAAUGAGGUCAAAGCCACAUCAGAGCCUGGUCCUGGUACAUCGAAGCAUGCCAACACUAUCACUUACGCCCACACCGAUUUCUCGCCGGAUGGAGCUAAGAUUGCCGUUGAGCAUAUUGUUGAGAAGCAUGCUCAUCUUCGCGGCCGGCGUUUUGAGGUCAUAAAUUUGUGGCGUGUUACGAAGGGGCCAAAUCGAGACUGGCCUCUCGCUUUGUGCGACUAUACGUCUGUCGAUCUAGAAGACGUAGACUUGAGUGAUGUGAUCCACAAAGAUAGGGUAGGAGAAAGCACGCGGCUAUACUUCAACUCAAGCCAUCGGUGGUUCUAUUUGGACAAGCAGACCACCUCGGAGGUAGCCUUGUUCAGAAAUGUGGACUCUCGCGGGCUCCAAUAUCCUUUCGCUAUGCAUCUCUCAUUCGCCAAUCCGAACGUCCAUGAUCGUGAGGGGUGCUCAGACCCCCCCAGGGAGAGUAUCGAGACACGAUUUGCGUUAUUCUACUAG